GCGGGGCGGGCGCAUGCGCGCGCGCGCGGUCCCGAGCGUUGCCAGCCCCGGCCCGGCGGCGGCGGCGGCUGCUGCCUUCCUCCCCCUUCCUCCUCCUCCUCCUCUUCUUCCUCCUCCCCCGGCCCAGCCUUCCUCCUCCUCCUCUCCUCCUCCUCCUCCUCCUCCUCCUCCUCCCCCCUCAGCCGCCGCCCCCCGAGGCGCCGCCGGGGCUCCGCUGGCUGAGGCGGCGGCCGCCGUGCCCGGGGAUGAGGCGGCGGUAGCAAGAUGGUGGAUGCUGAGGUCGGCGCGGGCGGAGACGGCGCCAGGAGAAAAAUGGAUGCCCUGGCGGAUAGCGCCGUGGAGAUCGUCCCCUUGGAGCUCUAUGAUUCAGCCCGAGCGAAAAUAGCUGCUAAUCUACAGUGGAUCUGCGCGAAAGCCUACGGAAUAGACAAUGUCCCGGAGGAGCUGAAGGACCCGUUUUACAUAGAUCAAUAUGAGCAAGAACACAUUAAACCACCCGUCAUCAAGCUGCUGCUGUCCAGCGAGCUGUACUGUCGUGUCUGCAGCCUCAUCCUGAAGGGGGAUCAGGUGGCUGCUCUGCAGGGACACCAGUCAGUGAUCCAGGCUCUGUCUCGAAAAGGGAUUUACGUCAUGGAGAGCGAUGAUACACCUGUGUCUGAAUCUGACCUGGGCUGUGCACCAAUCAAAAUGAGUUCGCAUAUGGCAAUGAUUGAUGCUCUCAUGAUGGCCUAUACUGUAGAAAUGAUCAGCAUUGAAAAGGUGGUCGCUAGCGUCAAGCGUUUCUCUACAUUCAGUGCCUCGAAAGAACUGCCCUAUGAUUUGGAGGAUGCAAUGGUUUUCUGGAUUAACAAGGUGAACCUUAAAAUGAGAGAAAUAACAGAGAAAGAGAUUAAGUUAAAACAGCAAUUAAUGGAAAGUCCAGGGCAUCAAAAGGUGCGUUACCGAAGAGACCAUCUUUCAAGCAGGCAAUUACCUUACUUUCCUUUGCUUGAAGACUUGAUGAAGGAUGGUAGCGAUGGUGCUGCUCUUUUAGCUGUGAUACACUAUUAUUGUCCAGAGCAGAUGAAACUGGAUGAUAUUUGUUUGAAGGAGGUAACGUCAAUUGCAGACAGCCUAUAUAAUAUUCAACUUUUGAGAGAAUUCUCAAAUGAGUAUCUAAACAAAUGCUUUUAUCUCACAUUGGAGGACAUGUUGUACGCUCCUUUGGUUUUAAAGCCUAACGUCAUGGUAUUCAUUGCGGAACUCUUCUGGUGGUUUGAGAAUGUCAAACCAGACUUUGUACAACCGAGAGAUAUUCAGGAAAUAAAAGAUGUUAAAACAGUGUUGCAGCAGAAGAGCAGUCGUCCACCUGUUCCUAUUUCCAAUGCAACCAAGCGAAGUUUCAUGGCUAGCCCUGCUAGUACAACUCCAGCAGACUUGCAUCCCACAGCUCAGACAGGCUCUGAAGCUUGCAGCAGAUACUACCUGCACCCUGAAGAACCUGACUACCUUGGCAAAGGAGGAAGCCCUGCCUUUAGCCCUUCCCAUCCACUGCUCCCUUUGAGACAAAAACAACAAAAAUCUUUACAGGGAGAAGACAGCCCUGGUCAUCGACAUCGUUCUAAUUCUCUGACCCGUGUUGAUGGGCAGCCACGAGGUUCAGUUCUUGCAUGGCCGGAGAAGAAACCCAGGCCUCUGUCUCAGCCAACACCAUUUGCUCUUCAUCAUUCUGCCAGUACUGAUGUGGACCCUGGAUCUGGUGAUAGCAUUAGUCUGGCUAGAUCAAUCAGCAAAGACAGUCUUGCUUCAAAUAUUGUUAAUGUAACUCCCAAAAACCAGCCCCAUCCUCCAUCAAUGAAAACUAAUGGGAAGAGCUUGCUGAACAAUGUUGAAAUUGAGGAUGAAGACGAAGAGCUUAUUGCAAUAAUCAAGUCUGAAGAAAGGCCAAACCGUGGUGAUCUUGAAUUGCAGAAUGCGUCAGCCAGGGUACCCAGCAUAGUUGCGACAGCGUGGUCUCCAAAAAUAAAUAGCGAGACUUUAGAAAGCAAACCAGACAGUUUUUACUUGGAGCCCUUAAUGCCUGCAGUUCUAAAACCAGCAAAGGAAAAGCAGAUAAUCAAUAAAGAGGAUGAAUGUGGGGAGGGGAAACAAAGGAGUUUUAUAACAAAGAGAUUAAAUGAGGGACACUUGCCUUUGAUCCGCAAGAAAACAAGCAGCAGUCAUGGUGACCAUGAUCUCAGUAGGACUUUUACUCCAAUUUCUAGUUCGGAUUUCACUUCAGUUGCAGACUCUGGUACUGCAGACUCAGUAGCACUGGUGGAGGCAGGGUUAGAAGCUUCCAGACCUUUGGCUAGUAGCAGUUUGGAUCCUUCUGUUCAGGAUCAACCUACUGGAGGAUUUUUUCUUCAUGCUGCUAAAUCUGAUGAUGAUAUAGCAAGUAAAGUAAACGUAAGUUACGUGAAAAGUCUUAAUUCACAUGUUCCAGAUACUACGUGGACUAUGGUGAGACAGGACUCUGAUUCAGAUCUCUUAGACAUAGAAGACACUGAACAGGACUUGGUGGUCAUAGAUGACCAUCCUAUAGUCGCUAAAUACAUAGGCGAGGAAGAAUCUGCAAAAUUGCAGGAAGAUAUGAAGGUAAAAGAACAUGAAGAUAAGGAUGAUGCAAGUGGACGUUCCAGCCCAUGUUUGAGUACAAUUUCUCAAGUUAGCAGUGUGUCAAUGGCUAGUGGGAGUGUCCGAAUGACCAAUUUCGCAGAACGAAAGCUUCAGAGGCUUAAUAGCUACGAAACGAAGUCCAGCACAAGUAGUUCACAAAAGACCACGCCGGACGGGUCAGAAAGCUGUCCAGCACCACUGACCACGUGGAAACAGAAGCGAGAGCAAAGCCCCAACAGGCAAAAUAAAGAUAAUGUUAAUCUUUUAGCUUCUGAAUUGGUGCAGCUUCAUAUGCAGUUGGAAGAGAAACGGAGAGCAAUAGAAGCUCAGAAGAAGAAGAUGGAAGCCUUAUCAGCAAGGCAGCGACUAAAAUUGGGCAAGGCAGCUUUCUUGCAUGUUGUUAAAAAAGGGAAAUCUCCUGAUGUUCCACAACCACUUAAACCAGAGCAUUUUCCAAAAGAAUAUCCUCGGCACAAUGGUGAAGAUUUGGAUGAAGUCUCUUUGGGUUCCAAGUCUGAGGAUUUUUUUGUGAAGGAGGAGGAGAGAGAAGAAAUGCUGAACGAUGCUCAAGAAGUGGCAAAAGUGAAAAUGCAAGAAAGCAUAGCUUUUGUUGAGCAACAUAAACCUAAAGACUCUGCUGCUAUACAUGAAUUGGAAAAAAGUAAAAUUAUUUCUGCUGCCCUCCUAGAAGACAGCGUUACAGAAGUAGAUAUUAAUGAAUGUGAUCUUUCUAUUGAAAAACUAAAUGAAACAAUCAGCACACUUCAGCAGGCUAUAUUAAAGAUUUCUCAGCAACAGGAACUACUUAUGAAAUCUCCAACAGUGCCAUCACCAGGAACCAGAAGUAACACUCAGGACCAAAAGGUAAAACCAUCGAUUCAUUUUGUUGAGCCCCUCUCACCAACUGGAAUGAACAAUCUUCGUAAACCACCUCGAUUUGGUCAAGGAAGGAGUCCUCGAUCGGGAAGACCAUCUGAUUUGAAAGUCCCUAAAGAGAGACAACAAAAUUCAGCACGUGUUAAGACUCCAACACAAAGUCUAGAAACCUUACCGCAUUUAAGACCGUUCCCAUCCAAUAGCUUGUCAAAGACGCCAACAGAAAUAAGCUUGGAAAAUAGUCCUGAUCAGGGAAGUGUUUCUCAAGAAAAGUGUUUCUUUGAUACCUAUAGACUUCACGAUGAGAGUAAUCAACGGGCACUUGUUCUCUCCACCUCCAAAGAUGAAAAUAUCAUUUCGGAAAUGAGCAAGGAGGUGAAUAACAGCUUCAAAGAAACAGGGUUGAAUUCUUCUGAUGGCUCAGGAAAAGAAAAUGUCCCAGUGGAUGAGCCACUGAGAAGCAAGGCUAAUCUCAUUGAAGUAGAUUUGUCUGACUUAAAAGCUCCAGAUGAAGGAGAACUUGAGAACCAGGAUAGCUCUACAGAUAUAAUUAGUGAAGGUGAUCAGAAGUCUGGUGUGGGAUUUUUCUUCAAGGACGAACAGAAAGCAGAAGAUGAGUUGGCAAAAAAACGUGCAGCGUUCCUUCUAAAACAGCAGCGCAAAGCUGAGGAGGCUCGGAUUCGGAAACAGCAGCUGGAGGCUGAAGUUGAGCAAAAAAGAGAUGAAGCUCGUCGCAAAGCUGAGGAGGACCGAAUACGCAAGGAAGAAGAGAAAGCUCGUAGAGAACUGAUCAAGCAAGAGUAUCUAAGGAAAAAACAGCAACAAAUCUUGGAGGAGCAGGGACUUGGAAAGCCCAAAUCAAAGCCCAAGAAGCCCAGGCCAAAGUCAGUCCAUCGUGAAGAAUCUUACAGUGAUUCAGGGACAAAGUGCUCUUCCACCCCUGAUAAUUUAAGCAGUGCUCAGUCUGGUUCCAGUCUUUCUUUGGCCUCAGCAGCAACAACCGAACCUGAAAGUGUACAUUCUGGUGGCACACCAUCUCAGAGAGUUGAAUCAAUGGAGUCCUUACCAAUACUGAGCAGAAAUCCUAGCAGAAACACAGAAAGAGACUGGGAGAACGCUUCAACGGCAUCUUCCAUUGCUUCAGUGGCAGAAUACACAGGUCCAAAGUUAUUUAAGGAACCCAGCAGCAAAUCAAACAAACCGAUUAUUCACAAUGCUAUAUCUCAUUGCUGUCUUGCUGGAAAAGUGAAUGAGCCACAUAAGAACUCAAUAUUAGAGGAACUUGAAAAAUGCGAUGCCAACCACUACAUAAUUUUGUUCCGUGAUGCUGGCUGCCAGUUCAGAGCACUUUAUUGCUACUAUCCUGACACUGAAGAAAUCUACAAGCUGACUGGAACAGGGCCAAAGAGCAUCACCAAGAAAAUGAUUGACAAACUUUAUAAAUACAGUUCAGAUAGAAAACAGUUUAAUGUAAUUCCAGCCAAAACCAUGUCUGUCAGUGUGGAUGCUCUUACUAUUCAUAACCACUUGUGGCAAGCCAAGCGACCUGCAGUGCCAAAGAAGACUCAGACUCGUAAAUGACACUGAGUUCUUGGGGAGAAGAUUGCUGAGUGGGAUUGCAGCAAAUGAAGACAUUUCCCUACAGUUUGGUAUGAAAUGUGCAGAACCAUAAACGUUUUUUAAGAAGCUUCUAAACAGAAACCAUGGAUGCAAGUUAUUAAGAAUGAAGGAACAUUGUCGGUGUUUUUUACAAAUGAUGAAUCUGCUGUUACACCCAAUGCUAACUACUGUGGCUUUCAACUGAUGAGGGACUGUGCAUGUAGCAAGAUCUUUAACAAGUGGAUUUCCUUUUACUUGAAGCUUUUCAUCGGUACAAAUUGGGAAUUUAGUUCUGUUUCCUCUCCGACUCAUUCCCUCCUCCUUCCUGUCAUUCUUAAAGUUGGCAAGCUCUGAACUUCAGUAGAAGAUUGAACAGAUCUUGGGUGAAGUGUUUUGGGUUUGGUUUGGUUUUUUAAACAGUCUUUAGGGAAAUCUUCCUUUCAGACCCUUUUGAGGAACUGUUUAAUACAUCAAAUUGUUGUACUGUAUCUACUGCCAACGUAAGUCCAGCUCUCAGAUUUCUGAAAAAAGCCCCAACUUGUGCUGCUCAGAACAGUUUUACUUGCAGUAUCUGUUUAGGAUAAGCAUUGCAAGGAUUGCAAAAGCCAGUCUUUUUUUAGAAAUAAAAAAAAUAAAAAAAAUCGUUUGCAAAUUUAAAGAUUUCUGGAAUACAAUCAUGAAGAGGCAUACAGGUGCUACUGGCUGGAACAUGCCUGACUGAAACUUGAGGCAAGCUGAAUGGAGCACAGUUGUUACCGAUUUCAGUUUCAGGUAGUGUCCUAAAGAUUUGUUUGCUUUAAUAAAAAUGGAUUCUGGUAGGUAUAGAACAUUUCCACUCUGAGCACGCUAAUCCUGUACGAUGGUGCACUUAAUGAUCACAAAUUUUAAUGUUUUUAUUACAUCAUGAAAUGUAAUUCUACUUUCUUUGUCCUGUCUUUCUUCUGAAUGAGCAGCAUGCUCUAAAAUGAAGAGUGUGUAUGUUUUUUAUUUUGGGUGAUAUAUUAAUAUAUUAUUGAUUUGUUUUUCUCAUUUAAAAGCAAUUUUUAAACAGAGACAUUUGCAUUUGUUUCAAAAGCCCAAAUAAGUCGAAUGGCUUGGAUUUCUUUUCAUGUUGAAAUAUUAAAUCUUGAGUUAUGACCUUAAAGAUCUUUGUGUUUCAGCAGAUUAAAUUUUUGUCUGUGGUAACAGGGUAUAUUUGCAGUUCAGUUCCAUUUAAAAAGACAAAUUCCCAUUUCCAUUUUUUGCCCGGGCUGGACUUCUGAGUAGCUUUCUGUAGCUGUUUCAUAACUUAAUCUGCUAACGUGCGGCUGCUCCAUCCAGUUGGACACUGCUACCUGAGGGUCAUGGAGGUUCGUAACUUUGGUUUGCACAUGUUUACUUUUAUUUGAAGUGUUACUUGAAAAUACCUGUUCGGUGCGGAAGGCACUACACCAAUCCUAGAGAUGAACUGAGCUCUAAAGUACAAUACAGUGUAAUUAUUAAACCUAGAGAGUAAUGGAAGUUGCAACGAGUUAUGUACAUAAAGAGAAAAUAGGGUACGUAAUAAAGUGCUAACUAACUAGAUAGAGCAAAGUGAAGGUCUUCCAUUGCGGUCUCUCCAUUUUUUCCCUGUCCAGUACUUCUUGACUAGGCUGCUGCAACUUUGUAAAUUAUGUUAGAUAGUUUGCUGCUUGUAAAUAAUUAAAGGCUUUAUGGUUUCUAAAGUGCUAAGUAUUAAACACCAUUGUGUGUGUAACUUUUGUUACCAUGCUUUUCAUGCUUGUGCUUUAUUUCUCACUGUUUGAUAUUAUAUACCAUAUUUAUUUUAUGAAAGCACUGAAAUUUAAUAAAAAUCAUUAACUGAUUUCCUUUUUAUUUCAUGUGUACCUUUGUUGUUGUGGCACUUCAUCCCGUCAAAGAACUAACACGCUUUAAAGAUGUGCUAUUCUGUGCUUAGUUACGC